AUGAUGUUCCCGUUUUACACAUUUGCGAUCCUCUGCUUGCUCUUUGACCUAUCUCUCGCAUCAAACGUUUUGAAUGUACAAUUUAUAUCAGCUCAUUUCAAACAAAUACUCUCACCUGGGUCUGAAGUCUGGCUACCUAACGAGGCCAAUUACACCUCUGCAAUAACCCAAAGAUGGACCAUUUACCCCCCGGCCGAGCCUACAUACCUCAUUGCUCUGAAACCAGCUCUACCGUCGGAUAUUCAAAAGAUUAUCCAAUUUGCUUCUCACAACAAUAUUCCUUUCCUGGCAACGGGGGGAGGCCAUGGAUACUCAGCAACACUACACAGCUGUAAUAAUGGAAUCGACAUUGACUUAGGUUUUUUCCAUAGUAUCAAGUUAGACAAAGAAGCAAGUACCCUCACAAUCGGAGGAUCCGUCAAAUUUGGUGAACUGAUACAACCAUUAUACGACGCUGGCAAAGAACUUCAAACAGGAGUAGGAGAAUGCGUCGGCGCAGUAGGCGCAACUCUAGGUGCAGGAGUAGGACCUUAUACUGGUCUUCACGGCCUCGUGAUCGAUGCCCUUCUAGAGGUAAAAUAUGUCACCGGAACAGGCGAAUUAAUCACAGCCUCCAAAACUGAGAAUUCUGAGCUUUUCUGGGGAGCUCGAGGAGCCGGUCAUCAAUUCGGCGUGGUGUAUGAAGCCACAUAUAUUGCACAUGAUGCAACCAACAAUGGAGAUCUCAUACUUGCAGAUAUAAGAUUUCAUGCCAGUGACAACGCAUCAUUAUGGGAAAUCAUUAAGGAUAUUGGGACCAAUCAACACAAAGAGAUGGCAUUAACCUUCCGAGGAAACUGGGAUGAUAAAUUUGGCGGUCUCAAUAUCCUCUUAACCGCAGAAUGGAUUGGACCCAUGCAAGAAGCCCUCGAAGCAUUGGCUCCAUUUCUUUCUCUCGACCCCAUCCAACAAAAUAUAACCCAGAUCCCCUGGACCAGACUUUACGACGAAUUUUCCUUUGGAGGUGGCAAAAUUGUCUGCGAACGUGGCGCCAACAAUAGUAAUUGGUCCGUUAAUCUCUACAGCGUCGACAUCCCAGCUUUCAUUCGAACAUUCCAAAAACUCGCCGAUUUCUACGCCGACUUUCCAGAAUCAAGAACAACUUUCUGGGCAAUUGAGAAAUUCGCAAAUCCAGUAACUCUUUCGAUUCCCGAUAACGAAACUGCAUAUCCGUAUCGGAAUACUACGAUGUAUACAUUCGUUGCUCUGCAAAUCAAUAACGAAUCACAAAGUGAUGCCAUGAAUGCCUUUGGUGCUUCUUUUCAAUCAGAGUUGGCGGCUUCGAGUGGAUACGAUGAUCUAAGGGUGUAUAUAAACUAUGGGCGUGAUGAAGGGGAGGAAGUAUGGUAUAGUGAGAGAAAAUUACCGAGACUUAAGGCACUUAAGCGGAGAUAUGAUCCGAAGGAAUUAUUCAGUCAUUAUAAUCCCGUGAGGAUAUCUGACUCGGAUCAAUAUGAUACCGGUAUUAGUGGCGGAGAGGAAGACAUGAAUGAGUUUCAUUAUGGGGGUCAAACUAGUAUCUUGGGUAAUUAA